GAUUUCUUUGGGAAAUUGAGGAAAUACCAUCUAUGGAAGAUUGGAAAUUAAAGUUUGAACAAAACCCGUUUUUGUUUUCUAUGAAAUAUUAUUAAUUUUGAAUGGAUUCGGUUUCAUGGGUUCCUCAAAAUCAGAGCAGGUUCCUUUUUUUCUCCCCCACUGCAACCGAUUCCUUUUGGAGGGACCCUUUUCUCUGGCUGAGAGCUAUUUCUCCCCCUUUGUUUUUAACUUACAUUCUGUGUGUAACCAACGCGGAGAUGAAUAAGAAAAGCCUACCGAACGGGGAAGAAAUAGUAGUACACAGUUGCUUGCACGAUCUCCAAAGCGAUUCGAAACCGACUUUUUUGUUCUUCAUUAAACAAUUAAAGGAAUUCCCAAGACACGCUCGACUCUAAAAGACUGGACCCUUUUUUUUUUUUUUUUUUAAUUCUUUCCUCCCAUUGCUUCCAUUUUCAGCGCCGUAUUCAAUUCAUUCAUUCGUUUCUUCCUCUUGGGUUUCCCUUUUCUAUGCUUCCUGGUGAUUUCAAGACAAGGGUUUUCGUUUUUCUUGCCUAAUAACGAAGGCCCAUUUCAUUCGAUUCUAAGUUGUGCCUCUCUGACGCGGUUUUUUUUUAUUCGGUGCUGUGUGAAAUUCUGAUGGCUGAGAAGGGUGAUGUGCCGGUGACUCUUGAAACGAUUGGUACUCCUGGUACUUAUCCGAGAAGAAGCUCUAUGGGAUGUACAAGUUAUUCAAAUAGUGUAGAAAAGCUUGUGCCUAAUUAUCUAAGAGCAUCUACUGGUUCCUGUCAUGAUUUUUGCAAAUAUGGAAGAAAUCACGGUUUCGAAACUAAGUCAAGACUACCAUUGCGCAAAAUUUUGGGGAGAAAAUCACUCGGCGGUGGAAUUUCUGUCGAUGGUAUUGUACUUCCUGAGAGAAAGAACACAACUUCAACUUGGGCCAGUGCUGAUUUUUCAUCAACCUCCAGAUUAUCUGAAACCAAGUCAAGACUACCACUGCCCAAAAAUGUGGCCAGAAAAUCACUUGAUGGUGGAAAAUCGGUAGAUAGUGUGAUACUUCCUGAAAGAAAGAAAACAACUUCGACUUGGUCAUCGACUUCCAGGUUAUCUGAAACCAAGUCAAGGCAAUCAAUGACCAAAAAUGGGGCAAGAAAAUCACUUGAGGGUGGAAGUUCAGUAGAUUGUGUGGUAUUUUCUGAGAGAAAGAACACAACUUCAACAACACGGGCCAAGUCUGAGCUUUCAUCCACUUCCAGAUUACAUGAAGUUGAUUCAACUACCUUCUCGAAGCCUAAAUUGCCAGUAGAAUCUCCUAUCUUCCCAACUCCAGUGCAGAGAGAAAUUCCAAAUAAAAGGAAGAAGAAAUUGCUGUCUAGUCCGAAGCAGAGAGAAGUUCUCAAUGAGAGGAAGAAGAAAUUGCUGCCCAGUCCGAAGCAGAGAGAAGUUCUCAAUGAGAGGAAGAAGAAAUUGUUGGUUGAGCCGAGAACUUUGCCUACUUCAAGGUCAAGUACGAAAAAUUCCCUAAAGAACUUGAAGCCUGAAGCGUUCACAGCUACUAGAAGGCAAGAAGAUUCUGUGGUUCAAGUUUUUGCAAAAGCCAAAGGUAGAGAGUUACCUGAAAAGUCUGAUAAAAUUUUGAAACCAAAGUCUAUCAAGGUAAAGCCAUUGAGAUCUGCAGGGUCUUUGGACAACUCAAGAAAGAAAAGUUAUUCGAAAAUGGGCAAAUGUUUGGAGACAUCAAAAGGAGCUGCAAAGAAAGUGGUGGCAGCGUCAACAGGUUCAUAUUCCUCGAACUCUAUCCAUGGAGCUGCAAACUUAACCGCAAGAAAGCAUGUUGGUAACUUGAAAGGUGUCCCACUUAAAAAUCGUAACAUGAUCAAAAAAUCUGAACGUGGACAAGUCCAAAGUGAAGAGGUCCAAGAGAAAACCUUCCAGAGUGAAGAGGUCCAAGAGGAAACCUUCCAGAGUGAAGAGGUCCAAGAGAAAACCUUACAGAGUAAAGAGAUCCAAGAGAAAACCUUGUAUGUCAUUAAGAUAGAAAAUGAGAAAAUACCCCAGCAACCUGAUCAAGAUGAAACUAAUGACAACAUGGAAGCAGUGUCAUCAUUGCCACCUGAAUCGCUCUCACCACCAAUAUCCCCAGCUCUUUUGCCAAAUGUAGAAGAUCAAGAUGUAUCUGAAUACACAGAAAGUGAAGCAGAGAAUGACUUUUACUAUGAAGGAGAUGAAAUUGGAAGCAGUGAACCAGAAGAUAAUAUAACUUCAAGUGAAGGUAGUGAAAAUGGCAGAUCUCGAAAUCAUGGGAUUUUGCCAUCUAAAGAAAAGGAUCCUCGAUCUACAAAACUAAGUUUCAGGAGGGGAAGAGUUAUUGACAUCCAUUCUGAGAGUAAUAGUCCGAGAAGGCUUAAAUUUAGGCGUGGAAGGCUGUUGGGGGAGAAUCAAAAGGCUGGAGAUGGCCUUAGGAAGAACUUCAAGAGAGGAAAAGAAGUUGACAGUGAAACCAAUACCACAGCUCAAGAAACUGUUGUUUUGAGGCACCAAGAUGUGCAAGGGAAAAAAGAUGCGCAGGGCUUGUUCAACAAUGUUAUUGAAGAAACCGCAAGUAAACUCGUGGAAACUCGAAAGAGCAAGGUUAAGGCCUUGGUUGGUGCAUUUGAAACUGUGAUCUCCCUGCAAGAUGGAAAACCUUCUCUCGAGUCUUGACAUUGUCAAUUAUGACUGAGAAGUUGAGCUUGACUUAAGUAUCUAACUGAUCUGCAUAGAGUGGUAGGAAAUAAAGCUCAGGUUGAAAAAGACUACAUGAACUUGGCCAGCUGAGACUGCAGUAGCCAUAGAAAUAGAUUGCUGUUUUUAUUGAUAGGAAGGUUUCUGUACACAGUUAGAUAGUGUUUGAUUUUGUUUAUCUUUUUCUGGGUAAUCUUCUGCUCCUUAAUAACCACUCGUUUAUACUGAAUUGGCAUUAUUGAUUUGUGAGUUGCACAUAAAAUAAGGGUAGGCUCAUGACUUCAUGUAUUUUUUAUUGACAGUUAUCUGCCAACUUUGCAUCUUUUAAUUGUAAGUCGUGACUUUCUUUGGUUGUGAAGGAUUGACACCUUUUUUUCA